AUGGAUGCCUUUAAAAUAAAUGGCUACGAAACCUGUCAAGCGGAGGACACAUGCGGUGGCACCCUGAGGGGCUCCAGCGGGCUCAUCUCCAGCUUUGAUUUCCCCAGCGGUGAUUCCACCAGUGCUGGUGGAGCUGCUGGGGGCCUUGGCAGCAGUGGGGAGUGUAAGUGGACCAUCUUGGCAGAUCCCGGGGACACCAUCUCCUUGGUUUUCACUGAAUUUCAGAUGGAGGAGAAGUCGGAUUAUCUUGAAGUAGAAGGAUCUGAUCCGGCAAGCAUCUGGAUAACUGGAAUGAAUAUUCCAGCACCCAUCAUCAGCAACACAAACUGGCUCCGGCUGCAUUUCGUGACAGAAAGCAACCACCGCCACAAAGGCUUCAGGGCCCAGUAUCAAGUGAAAAGCUCUGGAGAGCUUAAAUCCAGAGGGGUAAAAUUAUUACCAGGAAAGGACAACACUAACAAACUGUCUUUGAUGAAUGAGGGAGGAUUCAAACAGGUGUCUAAUUACUGCCCCGACCCAGGGGAGUCGGAGAAUGGCAAACGCACUGGCUCCAACUUCAGCAUUGGAGCAACUGCUCAAUUUACCUGUGAUGAAGACCAUGUGCUGCAGGGCUCCAAAACGAUUACCUGCCAGCGAGUGGCAGAAGUCUUCGCUGCUUGGAGCGACCACAGACCCAUCUGCAAGGUGAAAACGUGUGGGUCGAAUCUACAAGGACCCUCUGGGACUUUUACAUCUCCUAACUUUCCUAUUCAGUAUGAGAGUAACUCCCAAUGUGUGUGGAUCAUCACAGCCAGCGAUCCAAACAAGGUUAUUCAGAUCAACUUUGAAGAGUUCGACCUAGAGAUUGGGUAUGAUUCACUAACAAUCGGAGAUGGAGGGGAAGUAGGUGAUUCUAAAACGAUAAUACAAGUGCUGACUGGGAGCUUUGUCCCGGACCUGAUUGUCAGCAUGUCCCAUCAGAUGUGGCUCCAUCUCCAGUCUGAUGAGAGUGUAGGCUCGAUUGGCUUCAAGAUCAACUAUAAAGGAAAAAUGCCCUGUAACCACAGAUGA